CAGUCAUAGUGAUCUAGUAGGGUUCAGUUUUGGAAUAGUUUAAAAUUGAAACAAAAAAUCUUUCCACUACUAAAGCGAUUCCACAUCGCUUGAAAUUAAUUUAUUAAAGUUAUUAUAAACUACCAAACACGUCAAUUACGCUACCAGAGACCACCAUUAUGCAAAUAUUCGACAAAGUAAAUCAUUUAAAGAAUAUAUAGAGAACUCGAACUGGCACUAUGAAUUUUACGUUCGUGACAAACGGCCGACCGAGCACGGUUACAUUUCCAAUUUGGUCUUGACUGCUGCGAUGACGGAAGUAUCUCCUCUUCGAAUGAAAGCAACACUGCGACGACCGCGACACGGCGCACGGUUGACGGCGUGUACAGUGUAUCAGCUUGUUUUGGCUUGAAAGAGCAACGAGCAACGACUCUCAAGACAUUUCAACAUUUCUCAACGUAAUUUUUUUUUCUCUCUCCCUCUCUUUCUUUAUCUCACUCUUUGGAUCUUUCUUUGGGCUUGUGGCUCCGGAGAGAGAGAGAAAAAAAAAUUGUGAAGCAAUGAGUGAGAUCAGGCUACAGAGGCAGUGAGCGGUUGAGUGAAGAGGCGGCGGCAGCGGUUCGCAAGUGCUUUUGUCGUCAAAAUAGUCAGAGAAAGGGAAUAAAUAAGACUUGAAAAAUAGAUGAAAAAAAUUUGAAUAAAAUCGUUCAUCGAAUUAUGACAGUCUUAUUCGCCGGAUUUGGAAAAAUCACGUGGAGAUAAAAUGGAGAAAAAAAAUUAAGGACGCAAAAUGUGUCCUACAAUAACUUCGAUAAAGAAUAAAUCGUUGGUUCGAGGUACGAGAACCCGAUUUGUUGUCACUGCCAAAUAAGUCGUGUUCUUUCAACGGCGUAAUCCGGUGAAGUUUCCCAGAAUGGCCUCGUCGACAAAAAGAUCCUGGAAACUCCAGGAUUUUGUAGCUCAUUCAAUAAAUGUGAAUUGUCUUGCACUUGGACAUAAAUCAGGAAGAGUUUUAGUUACCGGAGGUGAUGACAAAAAAGUCAAUUUAUGGGCCGUCGGAAAACAAAAUUGUAUUAUGAGCCUGAGUGGCCACACAACACCUGUAGAAUGUGUACGUUUUGGCCAGUCAGAAGAUUUGGUAUGCGCUGGUUCGCAAAUGGGUGCCCUCAAAAUAUGGGACCUGGAACAUGCAAAGCUUACGAGAACGUUGACCGGACAUAAAGCAGGAAUUCGAUGCAUGGAUUUUCACCCUUAUGGACCAUUUUUAACCUCCGGAGGUCUCGAUACCUCUAUCAAAUUGUGGGACAACCGGAAAAAAGGCUGUAUAUUCACUUACAAAGGACACGACCAAGCUGUAAAUAGUUUAAAAUUCAGUCCUGAUGGCCAUUGGAUCGCUAGUGCCGGCGAAGAAGGCAUGGUCAAGUUGUGGGACCUUAAGACCGGACGGCAACUUAGCGAAUUUUCGAAACAUCGGGGGCCGGCAACUACCGUGGAAUUCCAUCCUCAUGAAUUCUUAUUAGCAACCGGAAGCGCCGAUAGAACAGUUCACUUUUGGGACUUGGAAUCAUUCCAGCUCGUGUCUUCCACCGAACCAAAUCAAUCAACGGCGAUAAGGUGUUUGUACUUCAGUCAAGCCGGAGAAUGUUUAUUCGCCGGAAGUCAAGAUAUAUUGAGGGUUUAUGGAUGGGAACCUUCGCGAGCUCUAGACACGGUUCCAACGGGAUGGGGAAAAAUUCAAGAUAUCGCGAUAGUACAAAACCAAUUGAUCGGUGCGAGUUUUCAUGCCGGCAACGUCGUUCUCUACGUCUGUGAUUUGAAGAAAAUAUCUCCUUUCUGUGGAGUUUCACCGGCGGGAACAUCAUUUAAUCAUGGAAAUUCAUUACGAAAAAGUUUCUCUAAGGAACGACCAUCUGGCCUCAAAAAGCACGCGUUGCAGGUUAAAACCAUCGAAGAAGCUGACAAAUCUGGUACCGAUCCCGAAGAUGAAGCUACCUUCGCCGAAAUACCCAACGUGUCGGAAUACAAAAAUGUUUUUCAACCAAACAGAGCGCUGUCUCGCACGCCACCCCCCGAAAUCGCGGCUUUUCCAGAACCACUGGAAAUAGAUCCAGCGCAGCCACAAAUUAUUCAAAAUCUGUCAGAGUCGAUGUCGAAUUUGAGUACAACUGAGAGUCAAGAGUACGAUGAAUCACUUCCAGUUUCAACGAGUUCUUCGCCGCCGACAUUAUCGUUAACAAAACCGGCUCCGGUUCGAGUUAAUCCGAUAAAGUCUUCGCCGCCGGUUCAACGAAACGCCAUAACUUCGACCAGUCAAAUUCGCGCAAAUUUACAAGCUAAUAACGCGCUGGGACGAAAUAUGCGGAAUCUUGCUCAAAUACCACCACUGAGGCAAAGCAUCACGCCACUUCCGGGAAAAAAAUUUUCUUCCAACAAUUCGAGCGCUCAUCAACAACCGUUGGGUCCUCAACGAUCGAAUUCCACUUUGACUCCACGCGUCGCUCCAAUGGCUUCCGUUUCACCCGUUAUUGAUGACGGCAAUAUCAAGAAUCGGGCACCGAGUCCUGAUUCGCCAAAAAUUUACCUGAAACGACAAAGCAGCUGUCGUGACGGUGAAAAAGAAUACGAAUCUGAUUUUCCCGUUCAAAUGAACAAUAGUAUAAAGCAUAGUCCUUCGGAUCCACAACUGAAUCGGCCAAAUACAGGACAAGCGAGAACGACAAUAGCGUAUCGAAAUUUUGUCGGAAAUACACCACUGUCAGCGAGGAAUGCAGCGACGACGAAAAAGCCGACGAAAGCCCAAGUUACACCUCAUCAGAAGAUCGAAUCGCGCGUGCCUCAGCUCAGACCAGCAUCGGAACAUCCGGAAAAGGUGGAGUUUGUGCCCAUGAGCGCGGAUAAACCGUACGGACUCGAUGCCGAUACUUUUUUACCCAAUAAAUACGGCCAAUCUUCGGGCUACGCACAGAUGGGAGUGUUUGGUGACAUGUCGGAAGCCGAAGUUAUCAACAGUAUGAUGAGAGGACAUGAAUCGAUGAUGGCGGUUCUAACUAGUCGGCAAAGAUCUCUACAAAUCAUUUAUUCUCUCUGGCACAAUAAAGAUCUCAAGUCUGCCAUUGAUUCAGCGGUCGCCAUGAAUGAUUUAUCCGUUAUCGUCGAUCUCCUCGGGGUUCUUACUCUCAAGCCUACGAUGUGGAACCUUGAUCUUUGUAAUUCUCUUCUUAUGCCUAUAAGUGAACUACUUCAAAGCAAAUACGAAAUGUACGUGACCGUUGGCAUUACGGCCUUGAGGCUGAUCCUUCGAAACUUUGCGCCAGUCAUCAAGUCGAACGUUGAAGCUCCGAUACAGACGAUCGGGGUUGAUGUUUCGCGCGAGGAACGGUAUCACAAGUGCUUCUCUUGUUACGAUAAGCUCGUCUCAAUGCGAAGUCUAGUCCAGAAGAAACAGUCGAUUCCCGGUAAACUGGGUGCUUCCUUUCGCGAGCUGACAAUCCUCAUGGGGACACUGGAAUGACCCUGCCAAAGGUACCCAAGAAUCUUCGACUCAGAUUGCAAAAGCCCGGUGCUGAUAGAAGGUGAUGUCUAAAAAAUUUGGUGUACGCGACGAGGGUUCAUUAAUCCUGGUUGAUCAAAUGUCAACGUUUGAUUCGUUCAUUCAAUGAACAAAAAAUAAUUGAGCGGAUGCACGAAAUCCGCGCAAGUGAAAACAAAAGUAUGUAGGUUCUUAAAAGAAUUCCCUGAAAAUUCCAAAUGCUUUUGCAGCGACUGCUCUGCACGAAAGGCGCAGAAAGAGAGAGAGAGAGAGGAAAAGAGAAAAACAAACAAAAAUGCAGGCACAUGUUAAACCUUGUAAAACGUAGUAAUUUUGUUGUAGUUCUUGUUGUUGUUGUUACCUGUCAUAUUUAUCGCAAUUUUUUUGCUGAACCAAUAGAUGUAAACCAGAUGAAUUAGAAAUCGAGUUAUUGGGAGACGAAAAAUACAAAGUGUCUGAAAAUUAGUGAAGUCCUCGAAGGAACAGUAAUUAUUCAGUUAAAAAGUGAAAAUGUUUUGAGACAUUUCCAGCAGAAAACUUAAAAAUACACUGGAAUUUCGAUUCUGAGCAUUAACAAAAGUGCGAAAAUUCAUAAAAAUCGACGUGAACUUUUCCUUUAAGUCGUGCUCGAUAACAUUUUUGUAUUAAUAUGACUAAAAAUGAAUGUUCAUAAUAUUCGAAAAACAGCUGUGAAUUUCGCAUUUCCGGGUGCAUCGCAAAAUUUCUAUAUUUUGUUUGUAAUUCCUUUUCGUUUUGGUUCAUUUUCCAUAAACUAUGAUAAACGGUUCGAGUAGAAAGAUUAUACGGAAUUUUCUCCCCACAAAUUUGCGAUCAGCAUUUACUUGAAAUUCAGGGACGUGCGGUAUUUAGGACACCCCUGUAUAUAAAAAAUCAGUUCGCUUUAAGGAGAAAAAAACAUAAUUAGAGUGAAUUGCACAAUUUCGCGUGUUGUUUAUUUCCAAGGCCCUUGUUGCCUCUAAUGCCAUAUCCUACGAACGUAUAAACGUUUCGUGAGAAAAUGAAAAGACAAAAUAGUGGAAAGACUUGUGCGGAGUGAACGGAUUCGUUCUUGAUAGAUUUAUGUCCGUCGCUCAAAAAAUGCUUGAAAUAUGGCAACGACGAAUGAACGAUCAAAUGCAAGUUAAUUAAAUUUAAAAAUGCUCCCUAACCUCCCAAUCCUAAAAGGGAAACAAGUAACAAUCAAGGAAUAUUUCUUGCCGCUAUCGCGAAAUCUCUGAUGAACAGAUUAAACGAGAAAUAAUAAAGAAGACUAAGCACUUAUAAAUAACUGGAUGCCCGUGGCGAUUUGUAUAUUUAAGGAAUAAUUGUAAUUCGCAGUCAAUCAUUUUCAAUGAUGACUGCUAAACAAAAUGUAUUUUUCCAUGAAUUAUUAGAUUGUUAAAUCUCAAAUGGUAAAAUUGGAUCUCUGAAAAGAAACUCAAAAUAUUACGGACGAUUUUCAACGGCAAUAAAAUACAGAAAUGAGCCACAUCAACGGAUAUCACGCGAAAAUCUUAGUUCGAUGAAAUAUUAAUCGAUUUUCGGAAAAAUUUAGCUACCGAAAAUAGCGUUAUCUGAAAAUUUACAUGCAGGAUUUCGUUGACGAAAUUUAACAAUUAAAUCGUGGCCAAGAGUCACGUUGAAUCGAAGGUUUUUAAAGGGAUCAAAAAUAUUUUCUUCUCUCGUAACAAUGUUGCUGUUAUUCAUUAUUGAGCCGUAAUUACAUAAAUCGCUUUUUCAAUAAUCUCGUUAGUUCGUUAAAAAAACACUAGCGAAUCCCGAGAACAACUUAUAUUGUCGUUUUUUCAAAGUGACUCUUUUGACCACGCGUGUAAACGAUGUUUGUCAAUGAUUCUGGUUUCAUAUGGCUUUUUUUUAACAUUUUCGGAAUAAUUUGGUUUUUCAUGUCACGAUUAAUCAGCAUCUCGAUUAUAAAACGUUUUUUUAACUCGACGUUACUUUCUGACACUUUUUUUCAAUAAAAAUUUAAACAAUUGAUUUGUGCUUCGUGAGAAUUAUGUUCACGUUUUUAUGCUAAAUACGUUUUUUUUCUUAUUUUGUCUAAAUUAUGUGUAAUUAUUCAAAUUCAAAUUUUUAACGACGCGUGAAAAAAUGGUUUCCAUCAUAUUGAAACUCUCUGUGUUCGAAAUUUGGGCUAAUAAUCAUGUUCGAAAGGCUCUUAACGUCAUUGAGGUAGCUAAAAUUUUUAGGCUGAAUGCUCGGCCCAAAAUCUUAAUAGAAAAGCCCCGCCCCUUAAUCCUGCGAUACUACGAGAAGAUGCAUCGAUAAGUGGUGAAUAGAAAUCAUGGAAACAACGGAGUGUUUUGUAACAUAUAACAAUUUUAUAUAUAUAACAGAAGGAUUCUAUCAAUAUAGAAAAUGAAAAAAAUGCUGGAAGGAAAUUCAUUAAGUACGGUAUCGAAUUUAUUGAACUUUUGAUUUACUUGAAUCAUUGCGCUUUUAUGUUCGGGUUAAAUAAUUUGAGUGUCAAGAAUAACUCUGAAAAACCAAAUUAUCCAAAUUAGUUAGCGGAUUAUUGGAUGUUUUUAAUGGAAAAAUUUACAUCAAUUUCGAAAGUUAACAAAAAAUUAAUAUUUUUUAACAACAUCCGGUUAGUGAAUCCAUUUGAUAACCUGAAAUAGUAGAACAGUAAAGAAUAGCGGGAAUUUGAAAGAACGUGAAAUAACGAGAGAAAAAAUAAAAAAAUGUUCUGCAACUUUUUUUACAAAUCGACGAAUUUCAUCGUCUGAGUUCCAUAAUUCAUGAAAUUUCCACGAAUCAACAUUUUUGAUCAAAUACAGUUUUAAAGAUCUUAGUAAUUCGAAUAUCUUUACCGAUUUAUGGGAAUAAAGUUAUGCAGGUUUUCAGAACUCGUUGCACAUCCUCCCCAAUCAUUCGGAUGUAGCGGAGAAAAAUCACAUAAUCUAAAAGAUUUUUCCAGAUAUUUUCACUUUCCAAUCUUUCGCCUAUCAAUAGUUCUGAAAAUCUGAGCCAGUUUUGAGUAUUUCGUACGAGGUGUCUAGAAGUUUAAUUUUCUAUACCUCGACUAUCGUAACUAAUAAUUUUCUUGGCAUAAUUUCCAAAGCGGCAUUAAUUAGAAGACAGAUACUUGAUAAAUAUCGUGAAUAAUUGAGAAAUUCGUUUUCCGAAGUAUUUUUCUAACACGUAUUGUCCUCCGCACGUUAAUAUCCGCUGGCAAGAUUCGAAAAAUCCGUCCAAAAUGUAUUUUUCAAAAAGAUAAAAUAUAAUUUUGCACUUAGACCUAACGUAGAAGUUUGACGAACAAAAACAUGCGAAUUGACUCGAUCGAAUAUUCCGAGUGGCUCAAUCUCCUCCGAAAAGCCCGGCUUUUCGAAGGCUACGUUGAGUAUUCUCGAGCGGCGGAGUCCACGCAAAAAAAGAAGAUAAUGGGCAAGUGAAAGAUAGUCCGAGUCAAUCGUUUUUCUCGAUCGGAACACCGAACCCCCAUUUCGAGGCGAGGAAUUGUGUGAUUUCGAUGGCCUUCGCCUCUUGAUAACGCUGUACGCAUAGGUUAUGAAGAAAAAAACAUUAUAAUUGAAAACUAUUAAUGAAAUGAAAAGAAAUGAGGAAAAGGGACAAGAGACCGAUGUAAAUACAAACGUAUAAAUACAAACAUACCUGUUAAAGUAAGGAGACAUCACAGAGGAGGAAUUGCCACGAUUGAAUGGAGCGUGCAAUGAAAAAAUGUUUGAACAAUCUUAUCGUAGGCGUUGAAGUAAAAAAAAUAUACAGAAAAAAUAAAAAGUGACGAAUAAUUGACUUAUCAAAUAUAUUUGCGAUCUCUACGACUUUUUUGUACGUUUAAACUGUGUAUUUCUUACGAGCUUGUUGAAUGAUUGUAUCGAAAUCAUUCAAGAAACGUGGACGUCGAAGCUGUCCUUCGUGUCACGUUUUAGGUUUUGCCUGCGAGGCCUCCGAAACAUUGCUUUUGUAAAAAAAUAAUAUAUUCAUUAAAACAAAUAUACACAUACACAUAAAAAUAAAAAAUUAAUUACAAAAAUCAAAA